UCUGCUGCUGUGUGUGGUGUGAGAGGAGGAACCAGUCAGACCAGUCCACAGCAGCAGACAUGGAAGCAGACCUGACCGGGGCUCCGCCUGACUCCGAGGCUCACUCGGAGGAUGAAGGCUCCCUGCCCGAGCUCAGCGGUGGCGGGAUCCCAAAGAGACACGCCCGGGUCACCGUCAAGUACAACCGCAGGGAGCUGCAGCGGCGACUGGACGUGGAGAAGUGGAUCGACGACGGUCUGGACCGGCUCUACUCGGGUCAGGAGGCCGACAUGCCGGACGAAGUGAACAUUGACGACCUUAUCGACCUGCCGAACAACGAGGAGCGCAUCAAACAACUCCAGGACCUUCUCCAAAACUGCAGGAACAGCACCGAGACCUUCAUCAAAGAGCUGGUGGUGAAGCUCGAGGGCGUCCACAAGGAGAACGAGCUGCAGACCAAGGGAAUCGAGCACCCGGUCAUCUGCCACAGCUACCACCGCCACGAGCCCUACCACUUCAACAACCCCCACCACCAGUACCACCACACCCGGGGCCAGAACCAGACCCUCUGACCGCACAGUGGCCUCCCGGGAUCCUGGACAGCGGAUGAUAGAAGGAAGGAAAGAAGAAUCUUUGUACAUAAGUGAAGUCGUUCUAACUCAUUGUUGAGUCUUAACAGUCCUCUGGACGCUCUCUGGUGUGUUUUACAGUUUCUCUAUGUAGAUGGUUUUUAAUGUCUCCUAAAGGAAUUAAAGAUACGUCAAACAUGUUUUGGGGUUUUUAGAGUUGAUUCACAUUUUUGUUUCACACUAAGGCAACAAGGAAGUGAGACGAAGGCCGUCUGAGAGAAGCAUGAUACUGUGAAGAUAAGAAGUGGGUUUUGUUUCGGAAAACAACAAAGAGGAGAACCAGCCCUGAAUUACAAUAUUUCCAUAUGAAUGCCUAUUUCAGUUAAUAGUUUGUGUUUGUUUAAUGAGUUGUUUUGCUUUUGUUGACUCAAGCAGUCGAUAUUAUCUUCAAAAAAAUGUGAAAAGUAUUUAAGUCAUCUAUGUUUUCAAAAACGUUUGUGGUCCAGUUAAGGUGGCAUGAUGGGCCAGAUGUGCCUCACAGGCAUGAGUUAAACAUGUACAAUAACAUGGAUUUAAUGCUCUGAUGGAGCAUGUCACAUGACGUGUGUUGUGAAACAUUGGUUGGUCAAUAAACCAUUUGU